ACCUGAUGUUUUUUUGCUUUCUUUAUUAAAGAAGAACAGGGCUCUAUUAUCACUCUGUGUUAAUUUAUUCAUGGAGAACUCUACUCAACAAGUGGAGCUACAAAUCCCAGAAUCAAGCAGGCAAAUAUCAGAAGAUGAUGGUACAAUAAAUACAAAUCAGCAGCAACAAAUUUCAAGAUCAAAUAAACACUAUGGAUGGUGGUUUAGAAUAUUUUUAUACAUCAUUUUUCUCCUUGUUGGCCAAUCUGCAGCUACACUUUUAGGAAGAUUUUACUAUGAUGAAGGUGGAAAUAGUAAAUGGAUGGCAACAUUUGUUCAAUCAGCUGGUUUCCCAAUCUUGCUUCCUCUGUUUUUUCUCUUUAAAUCUUCCAAAAAUACCGCCUUUUCAUCGCGCGAAAAGCCAUCAAAAUCUUCCCUUUUUCUCAUCUAUCUGUUUUUUGGACUAAUGUUAGCAGGUGACAAUUUGAUGUAUUCAUAUGGUUUGUUGUAUCUUCCUGUCUCAACUUAUUCCCUCAUUUGUGCAUCUCAAUUAGCCUUCAAUUGCCUGUUUUCGCUCCUACUAAACGCGCAAAAGUUCACAGCUUUAAUACUCAACUCUGUUGUGAUUGUUACAAUCUCAGCUGCAUUACUAGCAGUUCACUCUGAAUCUGAUACUAGUACGAAAUUAUCAGCUGGUAAAUACACGAUUGGAUUUGUAUGCACGGUGGCUGCAUCAGCAACUUACGCGUUAUACCUCUCUUUACUAGAAGUAACCUUCAAGAGGGUGAUCAAAAGUGAGACAUUUGACACAAUAUUGAAAAUGCAAGUUUUUCCUUCAUUCAUUGCAAGUUGUGCUUGUGUUGUGGGACUAUACGCGAGCGGAGAAAUAAGAAUUUUGACAGCAGAGAUGAAUGGUUUUAACAAGGGCGAAAUUUCGUAUUUGAUGACAUUGAUUUGGACUGCUGUGCUUUGGCAGAUUUGUUGUAUUGGAUUGCUGGGAUUGAUAUUUGAAGUGUCUUCUCUGUUUUCUAAUGUGAUAAGUACUUUGGGUUUGCCUGCUGUGCCAGUACUUGCUGUGAUUUUCUUUCAUGAUAAAAUGGAUGGUGAAAAAAUCAUUGCAUUGUUGCUUGCUGUUUGGGGAUUUCUUUCUUAUGUGUAUCAGAAUUAUCUUGAUGACUCCAAAGCCAAAUCAUCAAAAUCUGAGCAGAAUGAAGCCACUAUUACUCAUUGAGAAGUCUAAAUGACGCUCGAGGCAGGAGGAAAAACGUAAUUCUCUAGUUUCAUAGUUUUAACUUUCAUUAGAAUAGUGAUGUUAUGUAAUGUGUGAUAUGAAAAUAUGAUCCUUUUCUAUUAUGUGGGGGAAAUUGAAUACAAUAUGAUGAUUCAUUUGAUCAAGGUCAUAACCAUCAUGUCAUUAACAUUUUAUAUUAUUCACUAUAGUCAAAGUGUAAGUGAUCAAAUUGAUCAACUUUACAAUUACAAGCA